GCCCAUUUACUUUGGAUAUAUCUAAGCCCGCAACCCUUACCGUAAAACCCUAGCAAUACUAAUAGCAAAAACUCAUUCGCGAUCUCGUUCUGUACGUGCAGCCGCAGCAAGUGAUCGAAGCGAAAAGAGAGAAAUUCAUCGUCGCAGUAAUCAUGGGUAAGGUUCAUGGAUCACUUGCACGUGCUGGUAAGGUUAGAGGGCAAACCCCGAAGGUGGCCAAGCAGGAUAAGAAGAAGAAGCCACGUGGCCGCGCCCACAAGAGGAUGCAGUACAAUCGCCGAUUCGUCACCGCCGUGGUGGGAUUCGGCAAGAAGAGGGGACCCAACUCGUCUGAGAAGUGAGGCCGAGGCUUGAGGAAUAUGUUGCUACUCUAUUUGAUUUAUCUUUGUUGUUUUUUUUUUAUUUUUAAUUUGUAUGUUUUGAUUGUGUUCUGUGAACGGUUUUUGUUAGCUUUAUAUCAAACUUGAAAUUUUGCAUACAAUAUCUAACUAUCUAAGUUCAUUGCUCCUUUCAACUGGGAAAGGAUUUGGUA